AUGUCUUAUGAGACUAUUCAACUUUUAAAAGAGUUUUGGUAUAAAUGGCGUUCAUCACGUGUACUUAUUUUAUUUAUUGUCUUUGUUGCUUUAUUUCUCGAUAAUAUGCUCUUAACUACAGUUGUUCCUAUUGUACCUGAGUAUCUUUAUCGACUUCAACAUCCAAAUGACACGGUAGAUGAUACAUACAAAUUUCUAGCAAAAAACUGUUCAAAUAGAGAAAUUUUUAAACAUCGAAGUUAUUUUGUUCGACAUCCAACUGAAUUUCGAGCUGCACUUAAUACGUCGUGUAUGUGGAAUAUUGGUUGGGCUUUGAAUCAAACAGAAGUGCAAAAUGCACAGAGAUCAAUUAUUUUACAACGGGAAAAUCGAUGGAUUGGACUAAUGUUUGCAUCAAAAGCGUUUGUUCAAUUAUUAACAAAUCCAUUUAUAGGACCAUUAACAAAUCGAAUUGGCUACAGUAUUCCAAUGUUUACAGGAUUUGUUAUCAUGUUUAUAUCAACGCUUACAUUUGCUUUUAGUAAAAGUUUUGGUCUAUUAUUUCUUGCUCGAGCAAUACAAGGUGUUGGCUCUGCUUGUUCCAGUGUAUCAGGUCUUGGAAUGUUGGCUGAUCGUUAUCCAGAUGAUGAAGAACGCGGUAAAGCGAUGGGAACUGCCCUAGGCGGAUUAGCUCUUGGAGUUUUAGUUGGUCCGCCGUUUGGAGGAUUUAUGUAUGAAUAUGUAGGCAAAGCAUCACCAUUUUUAGUCCUAGCAGCACUAGGUUUAUUUGAUGGAUUAUUACAAUUAACAGUAUUACAACCAGGUGUAUCCGGUGAACCAGUUGAAGGCGCUUCGCUUCGUACACUCAUUAAAGAUCCAUAUAUUCUUCUAGCGGCUGGCGCAAUCUCGUUUGGUAAUGUUGGCAUUGCAAUGUUAGAACCUUCAUUGCCCAUAUGGAUGAUGGCAACAAUGGGUGCAAGUGAAUUUCAAACAGGAGCUGCAUUUUUACCUGCUUCGAUUUCAUAUUUAAUUGGCACAAAUUUAUUUGGUCCCAUGGCUCAUAAAAUAGGAAGAUGGUUAUGCUGUAUGAUUGGCAUGUUUCUUAUAUCCAUAGCCUUAAUUGGUGUACCAAUGGCUACAAGUAUGUAUGGUUUAAUUAUACCAAAUGGCAUUCUUGGGUUUGCUAUCGGUAUGGUUGAUUCAUCCAUGAUGCCAACAAUGGGCUAUUUGGUUGAUAUUCGUCAUUCGUCUGUUUAUGGGAGUGUUUAUGCAAUUGCUGAUGUUGCAUUUUGCCUUGGUUUUGCCAUAGGCCCUGCCUUAAGUGGUUUCAUAGUACAAGCAUUUGGUUUUCGGGCUAUGCUUUACGCCAUUUCAUUUAUUUGUCUUUGCUAUGCGCCAUUGAUGUUGUUUUUACGAAAUCCACCAGCAAAAGAUGAAAAAAUAUCAUUAAUUAUGAAUGAAAAUCAUAACUCAUUUUCUUAUACACGCAGCAAAUCACUUGAUAAUGAAAACGGCUAUUGA